AUGAUUCUGGAAAUCAUCGGUCGUCACAGUCCCACAGACACAAACGCAGGUACCAGAAACGCAGGACAGCGCGAGAAAAUCGGAGUUAACGCGCAAAGCGCCGCAAACGUAGUCGUCAAGAGGGAAAAUUGGCUGCAAGUGAAGACGCAAGCGGUCAAGGAGAAAGUGUUUCCGACAGUGUGGUGA